AUGGAGUAUAUGUCAGUUGAUUCAGAAGGAUCUGCUGGAGGCCUGCUGUGCAUUUUUGGGACCCAGAGAUCUUCAAGCGUCAUGGCUGCUGCAGCAGUAGGAGAUUCAUUCUCCUCUCAGGAAACUACAGUCAGAGGUGGUCCUGGGCAAGCUCUUUUGCAGAAGCUAAAGCUACUGAAGCUAGCUCUCAAGAAGUGGAAUAGUGAAGUUUUUGGUAACAUGUCAACAAAUCUCAAAGCAGCUGAGUCUGCUUUUCUUGGAGAUAGGAAUAUUUUGGAUGGUGUACUCAUUGCCAAUGAAGUUGUGGAUGGCUGGAAAAAAUCCAAGAAGAAAGCAAGGCUUUCUGUUCUAGUUAAUGGAUCUCCAACUACAGAAUUUUCUCCACAAAGAGAUCUGAGGCAAGGUGACCCCCUUUCACCAUUUCUGUUCAACUUAGUAGUAGAAGGGCUCAACAUUCUCAUGACUAGAGCUUAUGAGUUGAAUCUUCUUAAGGGUGUGAAAAUUGAGAGGAAUGAAGUAGUCAUUUCCCACCUUCAAUUUGCUGAUGACUCAAUUAUUUUCCGUGAAGCAGAUAGGGAGCAAUGCAAUGGGCUACCAUUAAAAUUCUUGGGUUUAUCUCUUGGUGAAAAUCAUGGAAGAAAGUCCACCUGGAAACCUGUUUUAGACAAAAUCAAGUCAAGACUAGCAGGGUAG